ACCGCCCACAUACUUCUAGAAAUUAUGCAGUGUUUUUCGACCUUUUUCUGACAUUUAUCAAGUGUUGUAUUUGCCUCUUAAGGAUUACCUUUUGUGGAGAUCGCUUGUUCUACAGCCUAGUAUGGCUACUGUCGGAUUAUUGCAACGUUUUAAAUGGCAUUUUCCUGCAGGCUUGCGGUGGCCCAGAUGGCUAUUUGCUUAUUUUCUGUUCGUCACUGCAGUGGUGAAUUGCCAGAUUCGUUAUUCUAUUCCAGAGGAGAUGAAGAAAGGUUCUUUGAUUGGCAAUGUAGCACAAGACCUUGGUCUGGAUCAGAAAAGGCUUCGUUCUGGCCGGGCCCGCAUUGUUGCCGGAGAAAACACCCAAUACAUCGAGCUGAACACAGACAAAGGGAUUUUAGCCGUGAAUGAGAGAGUAGACCGAGAGCAGCUCUGUGGAGACGUCACACCAUGCAGUUUCAGCUUCGAAAUUAUUUUGGAAAAUCCAAUUGAGUUGCAUCGUAUAAUGGUCGAAAUACUGGAUGUAAAUGACCAUUCGCCUUUGUUUAGAAAUAACCACAUACGAAUGGAAAUAAGCGAAUCUGCUGUAAUUGGCUCUCGCUUCGUAUUGGAAAGUGCAGACGACCCAGAUGUAGGAGUUAAUGGACUACAAAAUUAUUUUUUAAGCACAAGCGACAGUUUUGUCCUGAAACAACACGCCAACCCAGACGGCAGUAAAUUUGCUGAAAUAAUCCUACAGAAACCGCUAGACAGAGAGGAGCAACCCCGCCUCUCGUUUAGGCUGAUAGCAGUGGAUGGUGGAACACCGCAGAGAUCUGGUACAGUAAAUAUUGAUAUCACCGUGUUAGAUGCCAAUGAUAACCCCCCCGUAUUCAAUCAGUCUGAGUACAGGGCUACCGUUCAAGAAAAUGCAACAUUAGGGACUCACAUUUUAACCGUAAAUGCUACAGACGCUGACAGUGGAUCACAAGGUAUGGUGACUUAUGCUUUUUCUAAUUUGAAAGGAAAUGUGGCUGACGUAUUUAACAUCGACAAGACCACCGGUAAAAUAACGGUUUCUGGACAAACAGAUUUUGAAAGGGACAAAAAAUAUGAAAUAAGAGUUGAGGCUAAAGAUCAAGGAGGGUUGACGGAUCUCAGUAAGGUAAUAAUUGAUAUUGUAGAUGUAAAUGACAAUGCACCAGUUAUAAGCGUCAUGUCCUUUUCUAGUCCUCUGCGUGAGGAUGCUCCGGUUGGCUCGACCAUAGCUGUUUUUAAUGCUAAAGACGCAGACUCAGAAAGACACGGGCAGAUCACGUGUACACUAGAUAGGAAUUUACCGUUUAAAAUCAAAUCAUCAUUGACUAAUUACUACUCACUCGUUUCAGAAUCAGUUUUUGACCGUGAAAAGACACCAGAAUACAACAUUACCAUAACUGCGACAGAUUCGGGUUCCCCGCCUCUCUCAAGUUCCAUAAAGUUGCGUCUUACACUUUCUGACAUUAAUGAUAACCCUCCUUUGUUUGAUAGAUUCAUUUAUGUUGCUGAGAUUCCAGAGAAUAAUUCUCCUGGUAUGUCGAUGGUCACUGUGCGUGCACGGGACUCUGACUGGAAUCAAAACGCGAAAAUCUCUUAUCUCUUGGAAGAUACGCAAAUUGGUGGUCUCCCAGUCUCUUCGUAUGUAUCCAUUAACUCUGAAACGGGAGUUCUUAGCGCGAUUCGUUCCUUUGACUAUGAACAAAUUAAAGAACUUCAGCUAGUAGUCAAAGCGCAGGAUGGAGGCUCUCCUUCACUCAGUAGCAACGUGACAGUGAAAAUAAUGAUCCAGGACCAGAACGACAACCCCCCUCAGGUUCUGUACCCAGUCCAGACUGGUGGCUCUCUGGUGGCUGAAAUGGUGCCUCGUUCAGCAGAUGUGGGCUAUCUGGUCACUAAAGUGGUGGCUGUUGAUGUGGACUCUGGACAGAAUGCCUGGCUCUCCUAUAAACUGCAGAAAGCCACAGACAGGGCGCUGUUUGAAGUGGGCUUACAGAAUGGAGAAAUAAGAACUAUCCGCCAAGUGACUGAUAAAGAUGCUGUGAAACAAAGACUGACUGUUAUAGUGGAGGACAACGGGCAGCCCUCUCGUUCAGCUACAGUCAUUGUUAACGUGGCGGUGGCGGACAGCUUCCCUGAAGUGCUAUCGGAGUUCACUGACUUUACACACGACAAGGAGUACAAUGACAACCUGACUUUUUACUUAGUGCUGGCUUUGGCUGUAGUUUCCUUCCUCUUCAUCACGUGUUUAGUGGUUAUUAUAUCAGUGAAAAUCUACAGAUGGAGACAGUCUCGCGUCCUGUAUCACUCCAAUCUCCCUGUGAUUCCCUAUUAUCCACCACGUUACUCAGACACUUUGGGGACAGGGACUCUCCAGCACGUGUACAACUACGAGGUGUGCAGGACGACUGACUCCAGAAAGAGUGACUGUAAGUUCGGCAGAGCUGGUAGUCAGAACGUGCUGAUAAUGGACCCCAGUUCUACAGGGACGAUGCAGCGGAUACAGAGUGAAAAGAGCAUCCUGGAUGAACCAGACUCUCCUCUAGAGGUCAGUUAAAUGAUGUAGCUGCAUCUCUGUGCCGUCAUUUCUUUAAGUGUUUAGUAACAAUUGUGAAUUGUGGCACGCUUUACCGUCUCUUUCAGAACCAUGGACAGCAUCUCAUUUGCGUCUCUUGAUUGGAUGACUGCUUCUGUAUUCAUAUUCAGAUCUUUAUAAAUUAUAUUACCUUUUAUUCUCA